UGUUAUWAUACAAAAAAAAGAGAAAAAGAUGGCGUUCAUUGUCUUAUAAAUCUGACUGAGUACCACGUUAGGCUAACGUUACAUUUAUACAUUCUCGACGUUUCAUUAUGAAGGUGGUCAAUUUGAAACAAGCCAUCCUCCAGGCUUGGAAGGAGCGCUGGAGCGACUAUCAAUGGGCCAUCAACAUCAAAAAGAACUUCCCAAAGGGAGCCACAUGGGACUACCUCAACUUGGCAGAGGCUCUCAUGGAGCAGGCAAUGAUUGGGCCUUCUCCCAACCCGCUCAUCUUGUCCUACCUCAAGUAUGCCAUCAGUUCCCAGAUGGUCUCUUAUUCAAGUGUACUCUUAGCCAUCAGUAAGUUUGAUGACUUCUCCAGAGAGCUCUGCGUCAAGUCCCUGUUGGAGAUAAUGGACAUGUUCUGCCACCGUCUCAGCUGCCACGGGAAGGCGGAGGAGUGCAUCGGGCUGUGCCGGGCCCUGCUGGGUGUGGUAGUGUGGCUCCUGACGGGCUGCGCCUGCUACUGCGAGAGGCUCAGGGAGCUGGGGCCGUCGGCCAGCACAGAAGCCAACCUGAGGGCCUGCCUGGAGAGGYUGAGGGAUUUGGUGAACAGCCAGAAGAACAGGGCCCUAGUCCACAUCGCUCGCCUGGAGGACCAAGCUUCCUGGACCAAUGUGGAGCAAGCUUUGCUCAAAGUGACAGAGGGGCUCAACAGUCUGACCAAUCAGACACUGAGAGGCAAGCUGGAGGARUGCAUUWCAUURGUGAAGAGCAUUCCUACGAUUCUGUCUGAACAGUCAGACCCUCCGCAACACUCGUUGUUCCCGUCKGUCCACGCCUUCAUYAUGCUGGAAGGAACCAUGAACCUGACAGGGGAGACUCAGCCACUGGUGGAGCAGCUCAUGAUGAUCAAGAGGAUGCAGCGUAUCCCCGCGCCACUCUUUGUGUUGGAGAUCUGGAAGGCGUGUUUCACUGGCCUCAUCGAGUCACCAGAGGGCACCGAGGAGCUCAAGUGGACCGCCUUCACCUUCCUUAAGAUCCCCCAGGUUCUCCUCAGGCUAAAGAAGUAUCCCCAGGGUGAGAAGGACUUCAUGGAUGACGUGAACAUUGCCUUUGAGUACCUGCUGAAGCUCACACCGCUGCUGGACAAGGCGGACCAGAGAUGCAACUGCGACUGUCUAAGUAUGCUACUGCAGGAGUGCAAUAAGCUGUCUCUCCUGUCGGACUCCAACACGACCAACCUCACUUCUAAACGGGAGUAUGCUCCACGGCUGAAGACUGCAGAAAACGCCAACAUCCAGCCCAACCCAGGCCUCAUCCUGCGAGCCGAACCCACUGUCACCAACAUCCUCAAGACGGUGGACGCAGACCACUCCAAGUCUCCAGAGGGCCUUCUGGGGGUGCUGGGACACAUGCUCUCUGGGAAGAGCCUGGACCUCCUCCUGGCUGCAGCCGCAGCCACGGGAAAACUCAAGUCCUUCGCCCGGAAGUUCAUCAAGCUGAAUGAGUUUCCGAAGCACAUCAGUGGAGAAGGAUCCAAGUCGGCCUCAGUGCGAGCCCUGCUGUUUGACAUAUCCUUCCUCAUGCUGUGUCACGUGGUGCAGACCUACGGAUCAGAGGUGAUCCUCUCGGAUCCCAGCCCCUCGGGGGAGACCCCGUUCUUUGAGACGUGGCUGCAGACCUGCAUGCCAGAAGAGGGCAAGACCCUGAACCCAGACCACCCCUGCUUCAGGCCCGAGUCUGGCAAGGUGGAGAGCCUAGUGGCCCUCCUCAACAACUCCUCUGAGAUGAAGCUAGUUCAGAUGAAGUGGCACGAGAUUUGCCUCAGCACACCGGCGGCCAUCUUGGAGGUGUUGAAUGCCUGGGAGAAUGGCGUGCUGUCUGUGGAGGCUGUACAGAAGAUAACAGACAACAUCAAGGGCAAGGUAUGCAGCAUGGCUAUCUGUGCUGUGGCCUGGCUGGUAGCCCAUGUGAGGAUGCUGGGGCUGGAUGAGCGGGAGAAGCCCCAGACCAUGAUCCGCCAGCUCAUGACCCCGCUGUAUGGGGAGAACACGCUGCAGUUCUACAAUGAACGGGUGGUGAUCAUGAGUUCCAUCCUGGAGAACAUGUGUGCUGACGUGUUCCAGCAGACAGGCCUGGCCCUGCGGCCGCCCAUGGAGGGCCAGGAGCCCAUCCCCUACCGCAACCUGCUCUCGGCCAAGGAGCCCAUCCACGAGGCMCUCCGCAAGCAAUUCCGCUCGGUGCUGUGGAAGGGCUGGGUGGACAGCGGCGCGCUACACCUCUUUGAGAGCCUGCUGCACACAGGAGGGGUGUUCUGGUUCACCAAUAACCUGGUCAAGGAGCUGCUGAAGGAGACUCGCCAGGAGUGGGCCAACCGGGUGGUGGAACUGCUCUACAGCAUCUUCUGCCUGGACACCCAGCAGAUCACUCUCACCCUGCUGGGGCACAUCCUGCCCAACCUGCUCACAGACUCAGCCCACUGGCACAGCCUGGCAGACCCGCCCGGCAAGGCCUUGGCCAAGCUGUCUGUAUGGUGUGCUCUCAGUUCCUUCUCCACUCACCACAAAGGCCAGGCCUCAGCUCGACAACGCAAGAGGCAACGGGAGGAUAUCGAGGACUACAGUAGCUUGUUCCCCCUGGACGACACGCAACCCUCCAAGCUCAUGCGUCUGCUCAGCUCCAACGAGGACGAGCCGGUGGUCCUUUCUAGUCCAGGUGACCGGUCCAUGUCCACCUCCCUGUCGGCCUCCCAGCUCCACACGGUCAACAUGAGGGACCCUCUCAACCGCGUCCUWGCCAACCUCUUCCUGCUGAUCUCAUCCAUCCUGGGCUCCAAGACGGCAGGGCCACACACCCAGUUCGUGCAGAGCUUCAUGGAGGAGUGUGUGGAGUGUCUGGAGCAGGGCAGCCGCGGAAGCAUUCUGCAGUUCAUGCCUUUCACCAUGGUCUCAGAGCUGGUGAAACUUCCUGCGCUGGCCAAGCCCAAGGUGGUCUUGGGAAUUACAGACUUGACUCUGCCCCUGGGGAGGAGGGUGGCAGCCAAGGCCAUCUCAGCCUUAUAGACCCCUAGUGGUGUCCACUGCACGGGAUCCCACCGCCGCCUUCUCCAUGGAUUCUAUUCCACCAGUCACUCAGGGCCGAACCCAACUUCCACUUACAUUAUUGCUCCUCUAAACUUGGCCCCUGCUAUCUUAGUUUCAUCACCCUGGCAUAGAAAUGCCUGUUUCAGCAUACUCCUGAGUUGGUGACCAAAUAGUUCUGUUAUUAAACCAUGGUUGCAUCCAUCAUUCAUUCGAAGGUAGUUUGUCUUUCAUUUUGAUCUCUAUGGUUGCUAUAUCAGUGUUUUACUCCCCUGGCAUCCUAUCGAUACAAUGUACAUAAUGUAUUUUUAUAAUAAAGAAUCAUGUAAAAUGUAA